UUGGAGACAUGAGUACAUCCAGAAUCGUGCAUAAAGGAAGAGUUUUUAGUGCCAAGUUACUUAAAACACUGAACGGGAUGAGAGAGAGAGGGAGAGAGAGAGAGAGGGGGAAAAUCUGAGGGGUUAAGGCAGCUUAACUGGGAGCAUGACUCAUCACGCUCUUAUUGCCAUGUUUGGUGCUAAAGCUCCAUUUCACCUCCAUGUGGACUUGAUUAAGAGAAUCAGACCUAUCGCUGGAGUCUGAGGGAGGAAAUGGAGGUAGAAGAAUGUGUGAAAGUAUCGUUCGGAGUGUGUAUUUAUUUAUUUAUUUAUUUAUUUAUUUAUUUAUUUUAGGGCUAGCUUCAGUGUGAUGGUAUCCCGUGAGGUUUGUCGAAACGUUUCAGUGCAAGCCGUAAAGAAUCCUUGUCUUCUGUAGGGUGUCGUGGCUGACGAAGCGAUUUAUUUGUGUGUGUGUGUGUGUGUGUGUGUGUGUGUGUGUGUGUGUGUGUUUUGUUUGUUUGUUUGUUUGUUUUUGCUUCCCAUCUGUGCCGUGUUUCCGUGCGUGUUCGGUCGGUCCUCACGAGAUUGCGAACGGACCACGCAGCAAGGGACGACCGGCGAGGCCGCUCCUCGGGCUUCAUUUAAAUCCGCACAAAAGGGAGAAUUUGAAUAACAAAGCGCACGCUUUUACGCCUUCAGACGCUUCCGGCCUUCGCUCGUCGUCUGAAAUCGAGCCCAUGGCGUUUCCCGACGCCUGAGCCGACCAUGCGUUCGAGAUCGGAUUUGGCGCGUAACUGUCGGAUGUGAAACCCAGGCCGUCAUAAGUACAUGUAAUGUUCGCUGACGGAACAGGUUUUACACGUGCAUGCUCUUCCGAAGCGCACGUAAAGAUUUAUUAAAGCAGAUCGUGUGUGUGUGUGUGUGUGUGUGUGUGUGAGAACAGAAAACACGGUUUACAGUAGCACAGAUCGUGGCUUCGUUCCACACCGCAUUCGCAUCUUUAUUUAAACAGGUACUUUGCUUUGAAAUAUCUUUGCAGUCCCACUUUUCUCAUCUGUGUGUAGUGUGGUGGUGGUGGUGGUGGUGGUGGUGUGUGUGUUGUGUUUUUUUGUCUUUUUUUGGUAGUCUGGCUGAACAUCAUCAACAUGAUGAUAUUAAAAGAUUUAGAGAUUAUGGUGUCAGCGCUGUGGGCGGACGAGACUCAGAAGGAAGACAGACUGGUGUUUUGGGUGGUGGUUUUUUUUGGUUCAGGCCUCAUCAGCUUAAGAUUAAUCCAUGCGUGCAGAUCCUGUGCUGCUGGUGUGAUUAACCCCCAACCAGAUCCAAUCCACCCGCUACAACGCUUUCCUCGUCUGAUUUCACUUAGACUUUCAUACAUGUGGGUUGGUAGAGUAUAUAUGUAUGUAUGUAUGUAUGUAUGUAUGUAUGUAUUUAUUUAUUUUUCUCGAUUUCACACACUUUUUCUAAGUUCAUUGAUGGCUGGUUCUUAAAGGAAUAGUUGAGUGGUACUUCCUGACUCUUUGGUGGUCCAUACAGAGCUUUGAGUACCGUAGUCCCUGUCCCUGACCCUGUGUGUGUAUCGAGCCACGUUUGCUGCUGUUUUUGGAUUGUCCCUGUUCAUUUGCUCACCAGUGUUAAAAUGAACAGUCCCUUUUUUCCCUCCACCGACUUAAAACUGGCGUCUAUUAAACGCCUCGACUUUAGACGAGGUUGUUGUUGUUUUAAUGAGGAAAAAGGAUGACCGAGUGAUGAGUCAAGUAUUUUGUUUGGAACGAGUGUGCUGCUUCUGAGGUCAAAGCGGUUGAGUGAGCAUCGCGUUAUUUUUAAAGACGGAUCACGCAAACGCAUCUUUGUCGCACCGCUACGUCGCUAACGAUCAGAAGCUCCUGACGGUGAAACGCGUUUCCUGAACUCGUUGUAAAAUCGCUCGUCGUGUGAAGAAUUUAGCGCGGAUAAGAUGAGAUGCAGCGACGGACGGGCGGAGGUUUCCGAGCCCCCUGAAACAUGAAGUGAGCUCAUGACGAUGCCUUUCGGUCAGCGGGUUUAUUCCGGGUGCGAGAGGACAUUCUUUAGCGGCCAGAUUUAGCUCUGAAGGGUGGGGGGUCUACUGGGAGGACUUGUUCAGGAUCCUCACAGAGCGCUCAGACCUCUCAACUGAACACAGAGAAGACGGUGAGGCAGGAAGACGUUCUUCUGAAACGCGGAGGUUUAGAGGAACGUGGCGAUGACGCGUGACGUUGAGCAGAGUAUCUGUCAGGCCCGGGCCGCUGUCAUGGUGUACGACGACGCCAACAAGAAAUGGGUUCCAGCCGGAGGUUCCACGGGUUUCAGCAGAGUCCACAUCUAUCACCAUACAGGGAACAACGCUUUCCGGGUGGUGGGCCGCAAAAUUCAGGACCACCAAGUGGUGAUAAACUGUGCCAUUCCCAAGGGACUCAAAUAUAACCAGGCAACGCUGACUUUCCAUCAGUGGCGCGACGCACGGCAGGUGUAUGGUCUUAACUUUGGCAGCAAGGAGGAUGCUAAUGUGUUUGCCAGUGCCAUGAUGCAUGCUCUGGAGGUGCUCAACUCUCAGGAUGCAGGCCCCACGCUGCCAAGACAGAGCCCUCAGGUGCAGAAUGGCCCCUCGCCAGAGGAGCUGGAAAUGCAGAGACGGCAGCUGCAGGAGCUGCAGCGUCAGAAGGAGCUCGAGCGCGAGCGUCUCGAGCACGAACGUCAGGAACGUGAGCGGCUGGAGCGCGAGUCGCUGGAGCGCGAGCAUCAGGAGCGCGAGCGCAUGGAGAGGGAGCGCGCAGAGCAGGAGCGUCUGGAGAGGUUGGAGCGGGAGCGCCAGGAGCAGCUGGAGAGCGAGCGUGCCGAAUGUGAGCGGCUGGAGCGCGAGCGUGCCGAGAGGGAAAGGCAGGAGAGGGAGCAUCGGGAGCAAAUCGAGCGAGAGGACUCGGACAGAGGACGACGCGUCUCCAACGCUGCCUGCCCUGCCAAUGCUGAUUGCUCUGUAAACUCGGUGCUGGGAGACUCCUCUGCUCCAGAGCCGGGUAAGGCCUCUUCUGUCUGUCUCUCUGCCUCCACUAACCCACUAAACCAAGAAAGGGAUUCGGUGCAGGCUGUUCCCACCCUGCCUCCUCCACCCCCUCUCCCACCCAGCUCCACUGUGACCCCAACUUCUGCUGGAGCCCCUCCCCUUCCUGGUCCACCUCCACCUCCCCCUCUCCCCACCACACUUACUCCCACAGGUCCGCCUCCUCCGCCUGGACCACCUCCACCUCCAUCUGGUCAGGUCCCGCCUCCUGCUCCUCCUCCGCCUCCGGCGCCGCCUCUACCCUCUGGUCUUUUUACUCCCUCCCCCACUGGCGAUGACAACAAGGCCUUGUCCGGCCUGGCAGCUGCCCUCGCAGGCGCCAAGUUACGGAGAGUGUCGAGGAAUGAAGAGCCGUCUAGUGCGGCCGUCGGAGGUGUGGUGGCUCCUGGUGCCGCCAAGCCCGAGGCUGCCCGAGGAAACGGUCCUCUGCCUGGAGGAGGAGGAGGAGGAGGAGGACUCAUGGAGGAGAUGAGUGCCCUACUGGCCAGGAGAAGAAGAAUCACAGAGAAAGGAUCAUCACCAGAGCCUGAGCCGAAAGCGGAAGAAGUCGAAGCAACCAUUACUCCAAAAUUGUCGGCCUGUAGCACACCAGACAUGCCCAGAAAGCCAUGGGAAAGGACAAACACUAUAAACGGUAGCAAAUCCCCAGUCAUUGGAAGACGGGAUGCACCAUGGAGAAAUCAGAUGAGUACUGAAAAGUACUGCGAUUCCUUAAACAGGCCAAGGUCUACGCCCACUCCUACUGGAUCCCUAAGUGCCAAUGGAGUGCCAACAGAAACUCUGGACUAUGAUAGAUUGAAACAGGACAUUCUGGAUGAGAUGAGGAAGGAACUGUCAAAACUGAAAGAAGAACUUAUUGAUGCGAUCAGGGAGGAGUUGGGCAAGUCCAGCUCUGCAUAGGAGACCAUGACUCCCCAACUAUUUCCCAACCAUGGUCCAUCACUCAAGGCCAGCUUCAGUUCUGACACUUUCUAAAAAUGCAGUGGUAAUGGACAUUUUACAAAAGCAUUUUAAACUUGUGGUGAUAACAAUAACCGUGCUAAUUCCGAAGAAGCAUUUGAUGGCGAUGCCAUUUUAGGGCUACAAGUACCAAGAAGAGAUGCCAUAGGUGUGAUUUCAGGCUGUGGAAUUUCCCUCAAUGUUCCAACUAGCGAGUGGAUCGCAGCCUUUAUAAAGAAGUGACUGUCAAUAUGCAAAAGAUUACUCUAUCAUAGAAAGAUGAGCAAUCGUUUUCGAGGAGGAAAAACACAACCUGUUACUGAACUGUAUACUGUAUUAAUCAUUGAAGAGUGACUGUACUUUCCAGCAGGUGACAUUCAUUAUUUGGCACAUUUGCUCAGCAAAGGACAGUCCUAUUUGGUCAGAUUAGCGGGAAGUAGCGCUUAGCUUAGCUUAGCUUAGCUUGGCUUGCUUCACACGGCUGAGGAAAACCUUUAGAGUCAGUCCAGACAAGCAGCUGAAGGACCGGGUUGUAGUUUCUUACUGCAGGACUUUGUAAAGCUCGUCUUCCUGAUAUCAUUAUAAUCCGAGUAUGUACUUUAACGACAAAAUAGAUAUUCUUCAACUCGUUUAAUUAUGUCUGUUCUAAUAUAUUCCAUGGCCAUAUGAAGUAGCUUAGUCAUGCAAUCUGAGGAUAAUCAGCAUCAGUUUUGGUAAUUACCCAGGGACAUUCAGAGAUGAAUGCUCAAAAGUCUAUCUCAUGAACCACUGUACGAUAUUAAUUACCGUUGUUUUGUAUGUUGGGAAAAUGGCUUGGAAUGAUCGGGUGAGAUGAUGCCUCUCUACUGUAAUUCAUUGUAGCUUUUUACCAAAUAGUCUCAGUCAAAAUCAUGGGUGAAAUGCCAAUCUCAACAAGACCGCAUCUGUAGAUAGUGCUAAUAACAACUAGCCUCUUUUUUUCUUUCUUUCUUU